AUGCCCAAGAGCAAGAUUCAAUGCCCAUUAUGCGGCAAAAUUUUGAAGAACCGCGAAGAUGCCCAAACUGUUCACGAUCGAACCUGCUCUCGAUUCAAGCGGCUCCACCAGGAGUCCGUUCAGUACAUCCAACAACACUUGGCAAACCAAUCUCAGCUGCCUGCGGAAACCCCAAUGGAGAUCGACCAUCCUCCGCCACCAGCGCUACCACCACCACCCUCCCCUCCAGUCACUCGACCGAGUGGGCUUCCCAACCGGCGCACUCGAGUACCUUCUAAAUUCAACGACGCAGCACCACCACGACCUCCACGGCCCCGACGACGCGACGUUCAGAAUCAAAUAUCCCAGCCUCCCCUCGCAUCUCCGCCAAGUGCGCCAUCUCCCGCGCCAUUUGACGCUGCCCCUUCGCCUCCACCACCUCCAAAAGAUUGGGUACAAACUCUCCCCAACGCGUUUGGUCUCUACAAGAUUUAUCCUCGUCGCCCAACUCACGAUCCUGACGAGUCUGUGGGCCUCUCUGACCUGUAUCGGGUGCCCAAACCUGGUGAUCCGGCUCUCAAAACCCUUCCGCUUCCACCGGAGCCAUGGUACUACCCCUUUCCCAACGAGUCGGUCGCGCAUAUGAUCAAAUACCAUGUCGAAGAAGAGCAUCCGCAGUCUAUUGCUGGAUUCGAUCGGUUAGUUACGAACUUCCUGCAUCCAAACGAGGAGGCACAGUCAGACGGAAUAUCUUUGCAUGAAUUGCCAACGCCAUUUUCUACCCAAAAGUUCUUAGACCAGCUCGACAAGAACGGUAUCACACCACUUGGUAUCACAGAUAAGUGGAAGAAUGCUUCUGUUACAAUCAGACUCCCUUGUGUGGGUGUCAAUCAAUCCGAAACUGCGGCGCCUUGUUUUACUGUCAACGACAUCCUCCACCGUCCUCUGCUUGACCCCAUCAAAGAGGUUUUGCAAGGGCCUCUUUUCCAACGGUUCCACACCACUCCAUUCUCUCUGCGAGCUAUUCCUGAAUCCGACUUGCUGUCACCCGUUGUGGCCGAUGACGCGCCAACCCUGAACGAGUAUGGGCUACCUCCUCUCCUCCCUGACCACGAAGAAAUCUUCACCUAUCACGCCAUUCCCCAACCCCCGGCUCCUCAAACUCCCGAUGAUGCUGUGGAGAGUAUCGUCGUUGCACUAAUGAUGUGGUCUGAUGCCACCCAUCUGGCGCAAUUCGGUACUGCGUCCCUGUGGCCAGGCUAUACUUUCUUUGGAAAUCACCCCAAAGAAUUUCGUGGCAAACCGACAUCCAAUGCUGGGUUCCAUCAAGUUUAUUUUGCAUCGCUUCCAGAUUCUGUCCGUGACUCAUAUCGUCAGCAAUAUGGUUGUGAUAUGCCCGACGAGGUAUAUACUCACCUGAAGCGCGAACUUAUCCACGCGAUUUGGGAGCUAUUACUGUCCGGCGAAUUUAUGGACGCUUACGAUAACGGCAUUAAAAUCAAGUGUUGGGAUGGGCUUGUUCGCUUGGUAUUUCCGCGUUUCCUCAUAUAUAUGGCAGACUAUCCAGAAAAAGUUCUCCUUGCAACGAUUCGAAGCUUCGGCGGUUGCCCUUGUCCCCGGUGUUUUAUACAGAAGGGGCAGAUCAUGGAGACGGGCACCGUCAAUGACAUGAAGCGUCGGAGUAACAUUCGAGUGGAUGAUCAUCCACGACGGUCAACCAUCGAGUCCGCCCGGGCGGCCAUCUUUGGCAACGGAAAUGCAGUUGCUGGUUCCGCCAUCGACAAAAUGCUCAAGGCACAAUCUUGGGCGCCUACCCGGCGAAAUGCUUUCUCAAAACUGGAUACGAUCAAGACGCCGUUCAAUUUGUUCACAAUGUUCGUACCCGACCUCUUGCAUGAAGUCGAAUUGGGGGUCGCCAAAGCCAUUGUCAUCCAUAUUAUUCGAAUGUUACACGCCUUCAAGAACAUCGAUGAAUUUGACCAACGAUUCCGGCAGGUUCCCACCUUCGGGCGUAGUACCAUCCGUUCUUUCUGCAAGAACGUGUCCGAGUUGAAGUACGCUGCCGCCAGAAACUACGAAGACAUCAUACAGUGUAUUCUCCCGGUUCUCGAAGGAUUAUUUCCUAAACAUCAAGCACUGAUCGACAAACUUGCUUUCGAAUUAGCAAUCUGGCACGGAUAUGCCAAGCUCCGGAUGCAUACUACGUCUACUAUCCAACUCUUUCGCCUGGCGACCAAAGAUCUUUUGCACUACCAUUCAGAAACAAGGCGACGAAUGAACCGACCAUCCAAGGCCUCUCCACCAAACUUAUCCGUUCCAGCCCCGGACAAUCUACCGAUACCUUCUGCCUCAUCGCAGUCUGCUACCCAGGCUGUGGCAACACCUCCGACCUCGAAGAAGAAGAAGACGCCCGCUCAGAAGCUGGAAAAGCCAUUCAACUUAAUCACAUACAAGCUUCACUCAAUCCCCGAUUACCCCGAUGCUAUUGUGCGGUUUGGAACGACUGAUUCUACUUCCACCCAAAAUGGAGAAGUUGCACACCGUCUCGUGAAGUAUCUCUACCAACGAACCAACAAACGAGAACAUGUAAGGCAGAUUGCGAAGCAUGAACAACGUCGACGAUUAAUGAGGGCCAUGUGGGAACGAAGGAGGCGGUACAAGGAAGCAGAGAAAGGACAUGUCAAUCCAUCCUCGGCCUCGAAUAUUUCCACUUACGCCAACUCCACGAUUUCGCACAAGCCAAUCAAAAACCGACGUGAACGCUUGCGCACUGUGCUCUGUCCCAAAGCUACGUAUAGUCAUUAUACAUACAUGCCUCCCGAACAACAUCAUUACAUCUCGGAUUCCACCCGAACAUCGAUUCGUCUCUCAGACCUUGUCGACACGGACUUGCACUCAGACACUGACACGGAUGGUGGAGAUGGUCCAAUGGCUAUUGACCGACCCGAUCCUGUAAUCCCUGACCCUGCACUACAUGUAAGGCUCCUAGGUUCGAGAUACGAUGGUGACGACACAUGUUUCACUGAUGAAGAGCUCAUAAAUGUGGUACUCGAGAAGGACACCCUCUAUAGUCACGCCACUCUGCGAGUAAACUUCACCACUUACGAUCUCCGAAGAGACCAAGACGUCAUCAACCCCGGUCCCGGAAAUUCUGUAUCGUUGCGGGUCAAGACCCACAGAACCGCCAUGAACUCUGCUCGACGUAUGGAGUUCCUUUGGAUGCGGUGGCUGCAGCGCGAUGUGACCUACCGAUGUGGUCUGAAGGCUAAGCGCCUGCCUCGCGUACAUUAUAUGCCUCAUGGCGUCCCGGAUACAUUUGGCUUCUUGGACCCCAGCGAUAUUAUUCGCGGCUGCCAUCUUAUCCCAGCAUUCGCUCACGGCCGCACUACACAAUAUCUUCCUAAAUCUAUGGCUCGACAGGCAUCUGAACAAGACCAAGACUGGAAAUAUUUUUACGUCAAUAUGGUCGUCGAUCGAGAUAUGAUGAUGCGCAAUCCCACAACAGAACAGGAGCAGAUAACUGAAGAAGUUGUCGAUGAUGUGGUGGCUGAUAUGGUCGAUGAUGUGGUGGCUGAUAUGGCGGAGGAGGUCAAUGUGGCGGCUGUUGUGGCGGAAGAAGAUGAAGGAGAAGAAGGAGAGCCAGAUGACUGGGUUGCAGAGGGUGCCGAUUUUGAUACAGAUAGCGAGCAUGAAGAAGAUGAGGGUGGCGAAGACGAAGAUUCACUCAGCCAUGCUACCAUUGUAAGCAGAUUAGGUUAUGAUUCAGAAUAA